UCCCGCCUGGCAGUGGACUACGAGUUCAACUUCGGCACGGCCCUUUCACACCUAUCCGCAUGGUACUACGAGUCCAAGGCCUUCGACCCGCCCACCAUGGUGGUUACCAACGGCUACGACAACAUCCCCAAGAUGCUCAUGCAGGAAGCGCAAGGAAGGGGAGCAAAGCUGGUCCUCAACUUCGAGGUGACGGCCAUCUCGCAGUCCUCCACGGGCGUGCAGAUCACGGGAAAGAACACCGCCAGCGGCGCCACUUCCACGCUUUCAGCCGACGUGGUAAUCGUCACCAUCCCUCUCGGGGUGCUCAAGGCCAACACCAUUGCCUUCACCCCGUCACUCCCACCCCGUAAAACCGGUGCAAUCUCUCGCCUGGGCGUGGGCGCCAUCGCCAAGAUCUUCUUCUUUUUCAACCAAACCUUCUGGCCGGUCAACGUGGACGAAUAUUUCAUCGAGGAUGCUCAGCUGCCCGCGAAUCGCGGGCGGUGGGUUGACUGGGUGAACCUGAAGCGGGCGUGGGGGCAGACUGCAUUGGAAGGCGUGGCCCUGGGGGAGUAUGCGGAGCGAAUGGCUAAGAUGAGCGAUGAGGAGGUAAUCAACGACGCCAAGGCAAAAAUGGCCCACAUGUUCCCGCAGUACCGCAAGAAACCGCUUGAGCCACUGGCGACUUGGAUUCAGCGGUGGACUGCCGAACCAUAUUCGAGUGGCGCGUAUAGCUAUGCGCGCGUGGGCGUGCGGGGAAAUGAGGAUCACUGCACGGACUAUGAUGUGAUGGCGCUGCCCGAGGGGAGGGUGCUGUUUGCGGGGGAGCACACCAUCUGGCAGUACCAGGCCACCGUUCAUGGCGCCCUGCUCUCCGGCGUCCGAGAGGCGAGGCGCGCUGCUGCGAACACCUUGAGAUCCGUUAAGAUGGACGAGGAGCUCUUGCUGCUGCAGCAGCAGUUCCAGGCGGCCCAGGAGGUGAAAGCAGCGACCAGGCUGUCGGAGAGGAAUGUGGUGGAGCUGGUGUCGAAGCUCACUGCUAUGGGGCUGCUGGGAGAGGAUCUACUAUACUCGCUCAACGGCAAAGAGUACAUCACUCAGGAGCGACUGCAGCAGGAGGUGGAGGAGGAGGUGAGGCGACGUGGCAGAGUGUCAUUGGUGGACCUGGGCACGCUGCUGAACGUGGAUCUCUUCUACUGUGAACGGGCGGCAAAGUGCAUUCUGGAAACUGCCAAGGCACAGGAGCAGCCGUGGGUACAGCUGGUGCAGGGCGAGCUGAUCACACAUGACUACUGGGACGGAGUGGCAGACGAGGUGGAUGCCGCCCUGCAGGAGAGCGGACAGGUGGCGGUCUCUGAUUUGGCGAUGCGCUUCAACGUCGGUGCGGAGCUUAUGGCCUCGAUUCUCUCGUCGCGCCUGGGAUCGCGGAUCCACGGCACCAUGAGCGGCGGGCAGCUCUUCACAGGCGCGCACAUGGCUCGCAUGCGCGCUGCUGUGAGAGGCGCAGCCCGGGCUCUUACCGAGGCAGCUAAUAUGGCGGAUAUUUGGCCUUCUGUGGCCCGGGAGCUGGGGAGGGAUUAUGGGAGGGAGUAUGGGGAUGGGACGGAGGUGAGGCGGGCAGCAGGGGAUGCUGCUGCUGCGGCUGGUAAUGGUGGAGAUAUUGUGCGGCAGCGGGCAUCCCCCAGCCGCGGCACUACCUGGACUCUCUCUUCAUCAUUCCCUUUCUCUCCUCUUCCCCCGUUCCUCCCUUCCCAUCCUUCCUCACACUCCUUCACACCUCAGAACGCCUUCAUAACCUUCUCUGCACUUGGCAUCCCCCAGCCCAGGCAGUACCUGGAGUCUCUCUUUCCCGACAAGAGCAGCGCGCUGCUGCUGGACUCGACACUUGUCCACUCCUCAUUGGUGCAUCAGCUGGACGCUGCUGUGGAGGAGGCGAUUGCAGCCAAGUCAUGGUGCGAUGCAGCAACAUCUCUCCCCCCAGCGCUCCACCCCUCUGACUGCGCUCAACUGCUUCAACUCUGCCCCGUGCUGCUCAGAGCACAGAAAGCUGCCGCCCUUUCUGUUGCCAGUGGUGCUGGAAGCGGUGCUGCUGCUGCUACUGCAGAGGGGUUGGAUGGGGCGGAAGUGUAUGGGGAUACCUGUGUCGUCUCGUCCGCUCUCUUGCAGAAUUUGCAAAGGGCGCCUUCUGUUGCUGCUUCCAGCAGUGUUGGUGGUAAUGCUGCUGCUGCAGAGGGGCAGGGGUUGGAUGGGGUGGAGUCGUCUCGUCUGCACUCCAGCAGAAAGGACGAGGCAAUGCCGACGGUGGCUGAGAUGACACGAUUGGUGCUGACGUGGCAUCCUGACCUGCUGGAAGCAACUGUUGCUGAUGAUGAUGCCGCUGAUUCCGAUGGGGAUGAUGCUGAGGGAGGGGGUUCGGCCGGCCUUGCUCGUCUGUUAGUGGCCGCCCUGAAGCCUGCCCUAUCUGCUUAUUGGGCGGAGGAGCGGCGCCGAGCCGCAGCCUUCACGUCCGGGAGCACCACCGAGACUCGGCGACAGGUGCGGGAGGCAGUGGAGUCGCGAGUCAACGCCACGCUGGGCCAGCUGGUGCUGUAUGCACAUGGGGCAGCGGCUUUCAACUCGGAUGAGGAUGCAGCCACUGCGACCCUCAUCUCCCGGCACGUUCUCCGAACCUCGGCUUCCGAGCCUGUCGAUCUGCUUCUGCACGCUGUGCUUCUGGACCAUGACGUCAUCACUGCCCAGGAUGACGUCAGCAGCAGCAACGAAAGCGAGAAGCAGAGUGGAGAGCUGCAAGAGGGCACUGGAGCAGGAGUGAGUGGGGGAGGAGGAGCCAAUGGAGCAGGAGUGAUGGGGCGAGAAGAGCAAGGUGGACAAAAACAGAGGGAUAACGGAGCAGCAGGAGCAGCAUCAGUGCUCGGGUCAACCCCAAUCGUCUACACGCCAGCAAGGAGAGCAGCUUUAGCAAAGCUGCUCCCAGCAGGAGGGCCGAGGGAGCGGGCUGUGCGGAUGAUUGGAGCGCUGGAGGGCAGGGAGAUGGAGGCGGUGCCGCUGCCCAUGGAGGAAGUUGCCGAGAAGGAUCUCGGCAUCCGGCUCAAGCGCCCCGAUAAGAAGGCUGAGCGGGCGCUGCUCUUCUCAAUGAAGAAGAGCCUUCAGCUACAGCUCGAGGCAGAGGAGGACGCUGUGGCAGCACUCCCCCUCAUUGUGGCUCUUCUCUUCAUGCAGGUGCUCCCCUCUCCCUUCCUCGCUUUCUCCCUGCCCUUUCUCCCUGCCCUUUCUCCCUGCCCUUUCUCCCUGCCCUUUCUCCCUGCCCUUUCUCCCUGCCCUUUCUCCCUGCCCUUUCUCCCUGCCCUUUCUCCCUGCCCUUUCUCCCUGCCCUUUCUCCCUGCCCUUUCUCCCUGCCCUUUCUCCCUGCCCUUUCUCCCUGCCCUUUCUCCCUGCCCUUUCUCCCUGCCCUUUCUCCCUGCCCUUUCUCCCUGCCCUUUCUCCCUGCCCUUUCUCCCUGCCCUUUCUCCCUGCCCUGUCUCCCUGCCCUGUCUCCCUGCCCUGUCUCCCUGCCCUGUCUCCCUGCCCUGUCUCCCUGCCCUGUCUCCCUGCCCUGUCUCCCUGCCCUGUCUCCCUGCCCUGUCUCCCUGCCCUGUCUCCCUGCCCUGUCUCCCUGCCCUGUCUCCCUGCCCUGUCUCCCUGCCCUGUCUCCCUGCCCUGUCUCCCUGCCCUGUCUCCCUGCCCUGUCUCCCUGCCCUGUCUCCCUGCCCUGUCUCCCUGCCCUGUCUCCCUGCCCUGUCUCCCUGCCCUGUCUCCCUGCCCUGUCUCCCUGCCCUGUCUCCCUGCCCUGUCUCCCUGCCCUGUCUCCCUGCCCUUUCUCCCUGCCCUUUCUCCCUGCCCUUUCUCCCUGCCCUUUCUCCCUGCCCUUUCUCCCUGCCCUUUCUCCCUGCCCUUUCUCCCUGCCCUUUCUCCCUGCCCUUUCUCCCUGCCCUUUCUCCCUGCCCUUUCUCCCUGCCCUUUCUCCCUGCCCUUUCUCCCUGCCCUUUCUCCCUGCCCUUUCUCCCUGCCCUUUCUCCCUGCCCUUUCUCCCUGCCCUUUCUCCCUGCCCUUUCUCCCUGCCCUUUCUCCCUGCCCUUUCUCCCUGCCCUUUCUCCCUGCCCUUUCUCCCUGCCCUUUCUCCCUGCCCUUUCUCCCUGCCCUUUCUCCCUGCCCUUUCUCCCUGCCCUUUCUCCCUGCCCUUUCUCCCUGCCCUUUCUCCCUGCCCUUUCUCCCUGCCCUUUCUCCCUGCCCUUUCUCCCUGCCCUUUCUCCCUGCCCUUUCUCCCUGCCCUUUCUCCCUGCCCUUUCUCCCUGCCCUUUCUCCCUGCCCUUUCUCCCUGCCCUUUCUCCCUGCCCUUGUCAAAAAUAG